GUUUUUUUCGAUUUGGGGUGUUGAUGGAAAUGGCGUCCUCUGAGGUAGAUAUGUCUUCAUGCCAAACUUUUAAUUGCGUCUUGAGUCGUCCUCACGAGAGAUGCACCCAAAGAGACAACACCAACAAGAAGAAGAACAACAACAAUGUCCGAAACGUACACGUCGCUGCCUUCGAGAAGAAUCUCAAUGUUUUUGUCAGAGAUCAUCUCGAAAACUGUAGCGUCGAUGUUGAUGUUGAUGAUUGCACCAAAACGGUUCCGGAAUGUUCUUCUUCCAACAAAUCCUCUGUUUCAGAUCAACGGUUCUCGAAAACAGAGGAAUCUGUCCCAUCAUCGUCUUCUUCUCUAGGAUCCGACCAAGAUCCGAAUUCGGGUCAACCUGAGAACCCGUCAAGGGCGGCUUCUUCUUUGGUUCAGAUAUGGGAGGCGAGGACAACGCAGCAACCACCAAGCUCGAACCAAUCCCUAAUCGAUAGUCGAACGAGUUCUAUGGGAUCAAACGCUUUAGAGAAUUCGGAGUCUCUCGAAUCCGUGAAAGAAUCUGAAAUGAUUCAACCGAUCGAAGAAGGUAACAAUGAAGAGGAAGAAGAAGGGAUUGAAUGUGUAUCACAAUGUGUCCCUCCACCUCCAGAUUCUGGAGAGAAAGAUAGAGAAGGGGUGAGAGUUAUAGAUAUUAUUCGGAAACUAAGCAACGACUCGGAAACGAUGACUAACAAUGAUAAUGGAAGCAGCAGCAAUGACAAUAGUAAAGAAGUUCAGACAACAGAAGCAAGAAGUUUUCCUCAGGUUGCUUGUUCCCCAAGAAUAAGAGGUCGUCAAGCGUUGGCUGAUUUAUUGGUGCAGAUGACGCGAGAUCGAGAAAAGGAGUUGGUUUGUUUACGAGAACGUCAUUGUGUUUCGAAGUUUACGAAUCGUGGAAGGAUUCAGUCGACGCUUAGAAUUCGAUGUUACGAAAGGUGCAUUGCGAUUCAAGGUAGACAUCGGUCUAAAUCAACAUCAGCAGGAUCUGAUUCAAACCGGUCGUCACGAGGGUCUGGUGUGAUGCAUCUUCUCAGGGAGAAAUAUAAGGGGAAUUCUGAGAACAUUGAGACUGGAGCUUCAUCUAGUAAUGUGUCUACUCGGGGUCGAAUUAUGGAUAAAGAUCCUCAGAAAGCUACAGAGAAGAAGGUUUUGCAGGAAACAAUAGAGAAGAGUGGAUUAAAGGAGGUGGUUUCUGCGGUUGAAAAUGCGAAGAAAGCUGUCUUGAGUGAGAUUUCAGAGAAUAAGAGUAGUUUAAAGAAACCUGCAGGAGAAACAAUUCAGAAGGAAACUGGAGAAGGGAGAGGCGAAAAGCGAGAGACGAAGGAGAAAGUUGUUUCCAAAGAAAGUCUUGAAGGGAAAGGCGAGAAGCAAGAAUUAACAAAGGAGAAAGCUAUUGCUAAGGAAAGUGUAGAAGGGAAGGCUUUGGUUGGAAUAGCUCAGAAGGUGAAUCUAUGGAACUCAGAGGAGAUAAUGAAUAGAAGAAAAGUGGUGGAGAAAGGUAAAACUGUAGGCAAAGUUAAUACUGAGAGAGCUGAGAAAAAUGAUGUAUUAUUAGAAGCUACAAGAAGAAUCAGUAAUGUCGAAAGUGCUGAAAAAAGUAUUACUACUACUUCAAAGGAAACGAUGUCGCGGGGUGAUCAGUUUGCUGAGAAAGUAGUGAAAGGAAAGAAAAAGGAAGAUUCUGUUUCUUCGGAAUCUAAGUCCAAAGAAAUUGAACAUGGAAACAAUAUUAAACCUCAAGGAGUUGCUACACAAGCAGAUAGUUGUUUGCGUAAACCGGCUACAGAGGAAAAAGUUUUGCAGGAGCCAACGGCAAAGAAUGACUUAAAGAAACCUAUUGAGAAGGAAAGUAGAGAAGAGAGGCGAGAAAUGGAGGAAAGCGUAGAAGAAAACACUUUGAUGGGAAUAGCAGAGAAGGUGAAUCUCUGGAACUCCAAGGAGAAAAAGAAUAGGAGAAGAGCUACGGAGAAAGGAAAAGGUAAAACUGAAGGCAAAGCUUAUACUGAGACAAAUGAAGUGUUGCAAGAAGCUUCAAGAAGAAUCAGUAAUGUCGAAACUGCGGAGAGAAGCAUUGCUACUUCAAGGGAAACAGUAGAUAAAGUUGUUGAUAACAAAGUUAUGAUGGAUAAAAGAGAGACUAGUGGAGAAACUACGCGUUGUAAAUCUGCAGAGAAAGGAGGACAAAAGAAAGAGGAAGAUUUGGCUUCUGUAAAAGCUAAGUCCAAAACGAUUAUUGAGGAUAAAAACAUGAAUCCAGAAGGUGCAAGUCAUGGAUUUAGAGAGAGGGAUAGAGCGACGAACUCUUCAAAACACGGUGAAGAAACGUUGAUUCUGCGAAACUCAGAAGCUAAGUCAACUAAAGAGAUUGAGAGAAACAAUUCUCAAGAAGUUACACAAGAAGAAAAAUCUGUGAGUCAUGGCUCUAGAGAGAGGGACAAAGAGAACAGUUCACUACAACACAGUGAAAACAUGUUGUUUUUGCGAAACUCAGAAGCUAAUACGUCUACUAAAGAGGUUGAGAGAAACAAUUCUCAAGAAGUUUCACAAGAAGAAGACUCUGCAAGUCAGGGCUCUAGAGAAAGGGCUAAAGAGAAAAGUUCUUCAAAACAGGAUGAUGAAACGUCGAUUCUGCAAAAUCCAAAUGACCAAAAUGGCAUUAAGGAAUCGGAGGAUGAAGAAACCAAGAAAGUAGAACGCGAAGAAAAGAGAGAAAGCGUGCAAGAAGCAGCAAUAGAGUUUGUAAAUGAUUGGGAUGAAAACGAAAUGGAAGAAGAAGAAGAAGAGAAGACUAUGGAGAUAUUAUGAUCAUUUUAUUGGAGAUGAUGAUUGGAUUCAUGAUAUAUCGCGGCCUCGAAGUUACUGGGAAGAUCUAAGGAAAGAAAGAUAUCUUGAGGUU